AUGAACGAUCUCUUAUUUUACCUCACUAUUCUAGCUCUCCUCUACUACUUCUUCUAUUACCGACCUCACUCCAAACUCAUCAACCCUAACCCUCCUAAAUUAACCCAUUCCCAAUUUACCCAAACUGAACCCACCCAAAUUGAUAACUCAGAAUUAGCCGAGUUAAAAAUCAAAAACCAAACCUUAACCACUAAACUGGAGACUAACCAGCAAGAUUAUCAGAGUAGAAUUAACGAAAAACAAACCCAAAUUACUAACUUACAAGACCAACUUAGAGA